UCGGCUCAGGGAAGGAUGUUGAUUUAAUUGCGGAUUUGGUUCUUCGGUUGGCUUUCUGACUCAUGCCGAAGUCGAAGCCGGUCAAGCCGAAACUGAAGCCAGCGGGCAGAGUUCACGGUCAGGGAGUGAUUCUCCAACGAAUCAUUGACCUCCUCUCUGAUGCCGAGUGUGCGGGCCUCGUAUGUGAAAAGGUGAAGCUUCUCCUUCAUCCAACCGAGCGCGGUUUGGAGCCCAUCCCUCCAAUGCUGCCCCUCCCUCCAGGGCUGCCCAUUCCUCCAGGGCUCGUAUCCCCUGCGCCCUCCAAGCAAACCUUGGAGUUGAAUGCGCUGCUGAGCAGCGGCUGGGAUCUCCAGAGAGCACAGGCUUCCUUUCAGGAGGCUCCAGCGGCCGCUCCAGCAGAGUCUUUUGGCUGGGUGGUGACUUUGAAGCCCAUCCCGGAGGGCGUGGAGUGGGAGUUCAGGAAGUUGAUCAGGGAGAUCUUUGGCCUUGAGGAGCUUCAGAGGGUAUCAGCAGAAGAGGUCCAUGUGCCAGUCAAUUGCCGGAAGACGGCCUUCGGCCUGCGCGCACUCAACGGGAUUGUCCAAUUGGGCAGUGGAGAGCUGCAGGUGACUGUUCAUGAAGUUUCAUCCCUCCAAAGCACGGAGGGCAACGACCCGGAGCAGCACAGUGAACUACAUUCGGAAGAUGAAACGGACGACAGGGCCGAAGUCUUGAUGAGGCAGCUCCUCUUAGAAGAUGCCGAGCCUGGGAGAGCGAGCAAAUCGGCCGCAAAGGGCACAUCGGAGCGGCCAGCCGAAGAUCCUGAUGGCAAGGCAAAGAGGGUGAUGCAUCAAUUGCUGGCAGAAUCUUGUACGCCGAGUGUGGCAGAUGCCCGGCAGUGAGCAGACGAUGAUUUACACAUUACCAUUUAUUACCUUUAAAACCAUCUUUUACCCAAAUAAUUGUUAUAUUGACGCACAUGCAUCACACAAAUGUAUGCAUACACAUAGACAUGACUGAGAUGGGCACCUGUGCCGUGGUCGACCUGUGCCGUUGUUCCCCAAGGGCGUCACGAAGAUGGAGCGGCGCCGUGCCAGCUAUCGCCCCAAGAUCCGACGCGCGCUUCGCUGCGAGUCCGCGCGGUGAAGACCAACAGGGUGGCUGAAAAGGGGUCAAUGUUGCUAACAUGUAGUUAUAACACAUAUAUACG